CAACUCCAAACAGCUGUGAGUCACAUCAGCUGCUGGUGCUGGUACGUGUUGUCCUGUGACUGUGGUUAACGCCUAGCUACAGAUCCCUUUGUCUCGAGGCUUCAGAAGCGAUUGUUGACUUCAUCUCGCUUGUGCUUAUUUAUAGGAGGCAAGACUCAAGAAUACAUCCAAUGGUUAAGAGAGAGAGCACCUACGAGACGCGUCUUCGUCGGAACGGCCUAGGAGCCCUCCACCAGACAUACAAGUGGCUUCAUAUGACUCAAGACUUGCACGAUCAUCUCGUGGUCUUGGAAGGCAGUGAAUGUAGAGAAUGUAGAGGACUCUAAUAUAUUUUUGUAUCGUUACUCUGCAGUUCUUAGUUCUCAGUUACGAGCAAUCAAGGUUAAGCAACUCGCAACGCCUGGAAUAGGAUUUUCUCAAAAUUUGUUAACAUACCAUUUCUAAUCAUUUUGCUGUGAGUAAUUUAGUGUUUAUCUUAUCUAACUAAUAACCAAGGUGUAAUUUAACACAGCAGAGUAUAAAAUAUUUUAAGCUAUUUGAAAUUGAACCGCAUAUUUGACGAAACUUAUUUUCAGUCAGUUGAAUUAAAAUUAAUUUGUUUGGCCUAUAGUACCGAUUUGGGUAUUUCAAAACAGAAUUUAAUAGAAAAUACAUUUGUAAUAUUUGGUCAAAAGCCAUAUAAUAAAGUCAUUAUGCUGUCCCUACGAACCAUUGUGAGCCGGGUAUCUCCAUUCUGUGGGUCACUAGUGCCCUUGGAGCUCAGGAGCUCUCUCCCAGCCCGAGGUACUCACACUAACACACUCCGAUCUGCCAAACUCAACACGCCUCCCAAAAGAGUUGUUUUCAUCUCUCAGUCGACGAACGUAUACGCGAAUCUUGCGUUUGAAGAUUGGCUGUACAAAAAUUGGUCAUUCGACAAGAGGAAUGUUCUGUUCCUUUGGCGGAACUCGCCAUGUGUUGUAAUAGGAAAGCACCAAAACCCGUAUGUGGAGGCCAACCUCAAGUAUUUGGAAAGUGCUCGAGUCCCAGUGGCCAGGCGCAACAGUGGAGGAGGAGCUGUCUACCACGACGAAGGAAACCUCAACUGCACCUUUUUUACUACUAAAGACAGGUACAACCGAAAGGAAAACCUGGCUGUGAUCUGUCGGGCGCUGCAGGAGGACUUUGGUAUUCAGGCCUCUGCCAACCACCGAGAUGAUGUCAUUGUUGGUCAUGACCUCAAGGUGUCUGGGACAGCAGCAAAGCUGGGUCAUCAGUCAGCUUAUCAUCAUUGUACAUUGUUGGUUAGAACAGACAAGCAACAGAUGAAACUAGCUCUUCAGGGAGAUAAGAGUAUCCAGAGCAAAGCCACAGCUAGCAUACCAGCACUGACAAUGAAUCUUAGUGAUGCCAAUGAAGACAUUUCAGUAGAAAAACUGAUUGCAAGCAUUGGUCGCAGAUACUUAGAAUUUCCCUCGGAGAAAAGUGACUCUUCCUCUCAGCAGAUUGUUCAGCUUUCCAAUGGCUACACACUGAUAAAUCCUACUGAUGACUGGUUCCCAGGACUGGGUAAGCUGGAAACCGAGCUGGCGUCAUAUACAUGGCUUCAUGAUAAAACGCCUCGCUUUACUGUUACUCGACCAGUUGUGAUUCCCGAGUGCGUCGCUCAUAAUACUACUGUGAACAUCUCUGUGCAGGUUUUCCAUGGCAAAAUUGAGGACGUAAAAAUGACAAGUCAAGGUAUUUGUCCAGACGUUGCAGACCUGAUUCAUGAAGUUGGUGGGGCAGUAAAAGGGUCACAGUACACACUUACAAUUUUCAAUGAUUUAGCCAUCAGAAUGCGCCUUCCACAACCCCUGCGCACCCAGCGGUCCAUGAUGUAAGUUGAAGGCCAGAGAUUGAUCAUUUUUGUCUUAGAGGUAUAUUUUAAUAUUUUGGUGGCUGGGUUUAUUUUUAUAUAAUGAAUGUGCAAAAUAUGGAGUUUGGGUUAUAAUUUCUGUAUUGUAUUACAUGUACAGUAAUACAAAUGAACAACUUAGUGUUGAGGAUUAUUUUUUUAAUAUGUUCUUUUCAAUAUUAUAUAUCUAGUAAAAUAUUACAAGUGGUAUGAUUAACAGUACAUUGUUGACUGCAUAGAUCUGUUAAUCUUUAUAUAAUGAAUUAUUUAUAAUAUGGAACCUAAUGAUUGUUACAGUGCUUGUUGUAGAAUAUGUUGCUUAUACUUGUUGCAUAAUAUUAAAGGCUUUUGUACAUGUA